CCAAGGGAAGUCCAUCAAGUGCUAAGGGAGAAUGAGAAGAGACACCCAUCGAAUCAGAGAUGGCCACAGAGGACACGAAAAUCAGUCUGGCAGCAGGACAAAUUCAACUUGCCAAUUUAUAUUGGAAAUAAUUAUUGUGAACUUUAUUUAGGGAUAGAUGCUGCUUACUUAGACACACAACCUGCCAGUAAAGUGCCAACUCCAAUUGUUACACUCAUUUCUACUCCAGUAUUCUAAUUAUCCCUUCAAUAAAACCGAGAAAAAGGAGAAAGCAAGAAAUACAAGCAUAUAGGAAACAGAGAUAACAUAAAACAUCACUUUCGAUACAGAGAUUAUUUCUAGUGGAAAUAAAAAGAAUCCUCUUUUCAAUGGCUGUGGCCUACAGGAAUAAAUGUUAAAUGGCAGGGAUCUUUGGUUGGAUUUCACCGUCAGAUAUUGUAAUGACAUCCCAAAUGGCCCAGACAUCAAGACAGAUGAGAAAUAACAAGGCUGGUGGUUCUUCAUCCGGGAUCUUAUCCACAGCCAGCUCCUUCCUCUGCUGGCUUGCUCUGCUGUCACUGCUCCGACUACCGUCUGUAACAGCUGACUGCUGGCUUAUCGAAGGGGAGAAAGGCUUUGUGUGGCUGGCCAUCUGCAGUAUGAACCAGCCUCCCUAUGAAGCCAUUCCCUCCCAAAUUAACAGCACAAUUGUGGAUCUGAGGCUGAAUGAGAACAAGAUACGGUCAGUGCAUUAUUCCUCGCUCAGUCGCUUUGGAAACCUCACCUAUUUGAACCUCACCAAGAACGAUAUCAGCUAUGUGGAAGAUGGAGCAUUCUCAGCGCAAUUUAACCUGCAGGUUCUCCAGAUGGGCUUUAACAAAUUGCGAAACCUGACAGAGGGGAUGCUGCGGGGCCUGGGCAAGCUGCAGUAUCUCUACCUGCAAGCCAAUCUCAUCGAGACUGUUACACCCAACACCUUCUGGGAGUGUCCCAAUUUGGAAAAUAUAGACCUCUCUAUGAACAGGAUCCAAGUUCUGGAUGGAAAUUUGUUCUCUGGACUCUCUAAGCUAACGACCUGUGAACUCUACACCAACCCCUUCAACUGCUCGUGCGAGCUUCUAGGUUUCCUGCGCUGGCUUGCUGUGUUCCCAAACAGAACCAGUGAACGGAUGGUGUGUGACUCCCCUCAAGGAUUCUCUGGCUACAACCUACUUAGCCAGAACCCUCGUAUGCCAGCUCAACGAAACGCCCUGCAUGUGCUUAAUCUUGUAUGCACAGACGAUGGCAGUAGCGUGACACCCUUCUACAUCUAUGAUUCCACCACUCAGCUGCCAGACUUUGCCUCCCCGUGUGGACUGGAUGAUUGUGCCUCCGGGACCGCUCCCGAUGACGUGAUAAGCCUUGGUCCCAUUUUCCCAGAUUCCAACCCAAUCAUAACAAUAAAACAAGUUCAACAUUCAAGUGCAGUCAUAACGGUUCAGCUUCCCCAUCCGUUUAAGAAAAUGUUCAUCCUGAUGCUAUAUAACAACAGCUUCUUUACUGAUAUCCAACAUCUGAACAAAAACAGUGAGGAUAUAGAGCUGAAGAAUUUGAAACCUAACACAGACUACACAUACUGUGUGGCUUCUAUACGGAACUCCUUAAGGUUCAACCACACCUGUUUAACCAUCUCUACUGGUCGAAAAGCUGGGGCUGAGAGAAUACGAAAUCCGUCAUCUGCGACUCAUUACAUCAUGACAAUUUUGGGUUGUCUGUUUGGUAUGCUACUCAUUCUUGGCUUUGUCGUACACUGCCUGAGGAAAAAGAGGAUCAUGGAGGAGAAGGAGAGAAAGAUGAGUAGAAUCCAGAGGACUUUGAUAGAACUCAAAUAUGGUGGGGAAGGGGAUAUAGAAGGAGGUGGUGGAGGAUCUGUCUCACAAAAGCUUGCUGCAGGGGAAAGUCUGUCCAGAAUGCCCUACCUGCCCCAGGGAGGCGAGAUUGAUCCGUACAAGCUUCAGGAAGUGAUAGAAACUCCAGGACACAAGUCUGCCAAGCUGAACUACAUGGAGGUCAGAGGCUCUGGCAUCGAAAAGGAAAGGGAAAGAGAAAGAGAACGAGAAAGAGAAAGGGAGAUGUCACCGCAAGCAAAUCCCCAGGGCUCUGUAGCUGAGAUCUCCACCAUUGCUAAAGAAGUUGACAAAGUCAACCAGAUAAUUAACAACUGCAUAGAUGCUCUCAAAUCUGAGUCUACAUCCUUUCAGCAGGGAAUAAAGUCCCCGACUGCAGGUGGAGGUGCUGUUUCAACUGAAGAGCCACAGUUGGUGCUUUUAUCUGAGCAGGGAGAGAGGGGAGGUGAGUUCCUCUCUCCUGUCUACAAGGGAGGAAGAGGCGGAAGAGAGGACCGGUCAAGAAGUUAUCACCCCUCUUUGCAACGACACCACAGCAUGGAAACUCCUCCAACAACCAAACGGCCUAGUACCUCCUCCUCUCCUGGUUCUGCACGGAGCCCUCGCUCUUUCCGCUCAGAGGGAGGGUACCACUCAUCAGAGUCCCGUUACAUUGAAAGAGCCUCACCAGGAGAAAGGGGAGGAGAUGCCAUCCGUACAGUCAACCCAGCUGCAGCUAUAUUGCGUGCUGAAGCCCAGAGAAUCCGUCAGUACAAUGAACACCGCCACUCCUAUCCAGGAUCUCAACAGCAUCUCCAAGAACUUCAGCACCAUCCACAGAUCCUGCAGGAGCUUCACCACCACCCAGGAGGUCGCAAACCUUCUGUGUUGGAUCCCAUUACUCUAAAUAGGCAGGCUAAGCAGCGUGAGUUAACCUACUCCCAGCUGUCGCAGCAUUACCCACUCUCACCCCAAUACCACAACCUCAGUUAUUGCUCAAGUCCUGAGGAAGAUGAGGAGGAGGAAGGGCUCCUAUGUACCCCAACUCUAGGGCUUUGGGAGAGGUUCAAAAUGCACCGUAAGAGGCAUCGGCAGGCAUCCUUAGAAGAUGAAGGAUACGUGGCAGCCGGGCAUGCUCUGAGGCGGAAGGUUCAGUUUGCCAAGGAUGAAGAUCUUCAUGACAUACUGGACUAUUGGAAGGGUGUGUCUGCCCAACAGAAGGCUUAAUCCCAUAUGUGAAGUUGCCAAACACAUUGUACCUAAAAAAAGACUGCAAUUACAACACACUGAUAUGUGGACAUUAUCAUCAGACAUGUAAAUAUACUCAAACAGCUUAUGGCAUUUACAAAAAUGUACUUUGCACAUACAUGUUUACACACACAGACACAACACACAUAGUUUACACAAACUAAGCCUUUUCCUCCCAAAACGGAUGAGGACCAAACUAAUAUACGUAUUAUAUUGAACAAAAAUAUGAAUAUAUUAUUGAAACUGAGAUACUUUUUGUAAUGUAAUGGAAAUUAUAGCUCAGACUUAUGUAGCUAUUUGUAAGUUUUGAAUGAAGAAAAGUAGAAUUGACGUUAAGAAUAGAAACUCCCUAAAUGUUGUUGGAAAACCCAUCUUGAACAACCAAUGAUGCUUUGGAUCUUCCUUAAGUUUCUAAAAGCAGACUAAAACUUCACUAACAGAGCCUUAUGUAUUGCUUUCAUGGGAAAGUUGAAGCUGCAUUAUGGAGUGUGAUACACCAGAUAAAGAGGCAGUAAAAAAAAUAAUGUACAGUACCAUUCUGCAGUUUUCAAACACUCAUCAGGGGAGUAAAAGUCAUAGUAAUCUUUGGCUUUUAAUUAUGUAGUUAGAAUUUAAUUUUGCUGGGAGGGAUUAUUAUACAGCACGUAAGUUGACAUGUUUAGUGCAUUUUUUCUGAUCCAGACAGUAACGAAAAUCAACAAAUGGGUUAAAAUACUCAAAAUGUAACAAUCCAUUGACAUAAUACCCCUGUACAAGGGGUAUCUACCAAUUUCAAGAGUAAUUCUAAUUUGAUGUUUGACCGCACUUCUUGUAGGAAAUGGUAGAUAUAGCAGCUGCACAAUAGUAGUAAGAUGACUAGUUUCAUUAGCUGUGAAAAUGUCUAUGACAAUAUCACUUGCAACAAUAUCCACAGUGUCCUCACUUUAUUACAACCAUGCUUCUUUGUAACCGUUACCACCCUAUGACCUGUGUUGGAUUCCAUAAUGACUUAAAAGGACACUAGCUGUGAACGUAUGAAACUCAGAUAAAAAGCUAUUUAUUUUCAGCUUACCUUUGCAAUAUCAAUGUUGAACACAUUGAUUUUCCAAUGGUUAUUUCCCAUGAUAUAUUGUACAACCCUUUUUAGUCAUUUUAAAUAGGUACUUUUGUAUUACAACCCUAGUUUCCAUCAAAAUCCCUUAUCAGGGAUCAGGUUAUUGUAUCUGCACCAGUCCACCAGCUGCUCCACCUCAUCUCUGUAUGUCCAGUGUAGGUACCAGAUCUGCUCGGCUGGUCAGAUCUGCUCGGGGCCCUGCACCUCCCGAUGACGUCACUAUACAUGAUAACGUUUGAUUAACGCUUGCAUCACUAUACAAAACAUUGUGAUUGGUCCAGACAACUUACUAACGUAAAUAUAACAGGAUUGUAGGUUUUCCUUGAGAGCGGGAUUGCAAUUUGUAAACUGACAAUUUUUUCUAAGGAAUUUGCCCCCCGAUGACGUCACUUUAUGGCAACUCCACUCAAACAAACUACGGUCUGUUUUUGUAACGAAUAAUUUUAAUUUUGUUAAUUUACAGUGGUUUUGCACUUUCAGUAUUUGACCAAAUAUCUAUAAUACAUUAACUUGCAAUGUAAAUUACCUAAAUAAAAUAGAUUUGUUACAAAUACAGACCACAGGCACAAUGUAGUUUGUUUGAGUGGAGCUGCCAUAUUAUGACGUCAUCGGGAGGUGUGGGGCUCCGAGCAGAUCUGACCACCUGAGCAGAUCUGAUACCUACACUGGUCGUUUUGUCUGACCCAUGCUGAUUGAGGUCUGUCUGUGAGGAAGUCUAGCAGCCAAUUACAGAGAGCUGUAUUGAAGCCCAGCUGUUCCACUUUUCCUGUCAGAUGCUGUGGGAUGAUGGUGUUGAAAGCUGAACUGAAGUCCAGGAACAGCAUCCGCACGUGAGUGUUCUUCUUCUCCAGGCUCAGUUGAAGAGCAGAGCAGAUGGCGUCCUCUGUGGCGUCCACUGGAGCGGGUCGAAUGAUGGCGGCAGAAUGGAGACGAUGUGUUUUUUAACCAGCCUUUUGAAGCACUUCAUCAUGAUGGGAGUUAGUGCGACAGGCCGGUAAUCAUUGAAUGAGCUGACCUGAGGCUUCUUUGGAAAAGGAAUGAUGGUGGCAGACUUAAAGCAUGCUGGCACUACAGAUUGGUCCAGCGAGGGGUUAAAAAUGUCUGUGAGGACACCAGUCAGCUGGUCAGCACACUCCUUGUACACUCUCCCAGUUAUCAGGGCCUGGGGCCUUCCUUGGGUUUGACCUUCCUCAGAGUUUUCCUCACUUCAACUACGUCAAGGUUUAGUGUCUCCUCCUGCUGGUGUGGAACGGCUUUCACUGCUGGAGUGCUGUUUAGUGCCUCAAACCUACCAAAGAAGUUGUUCAGUUCAUUUAGGAAGUCAGUGUUUGCUCCAUCUACCGGGGGGAGGGUGUGUUGUAGUCUGUGAUUACCCAAAUGCCUUUCCACAUCCUCCUGGUGUUGCUGGCGUAGAGGAAAAGAUCCUAGAUCUUCUGGCUGGGGCUCUGCUUCGCUGAUCUGAUGGCACAGUUUAAGUUGGCACAUGCUGUUCUCAGUGCAUCUUUAUCACCAGACUUGAAGGCUGAGUUCUGCUCUUUCAUCGAUUUCCGAACCUCUCUAUUCAUCCAGGGUCGUUGGUUGGCCCGGGUGGUGAUGUUCUUUUUGAUGCUGACAUCUUCAAUGCAUUUGUUAAUGUAGGGAGACACAUUCAUGGCAUAUUCAUCUAUAUUUAAUAUGUUCUCAUAUGUUGCUGCAGCCUUGAAGAUGUUUGAGUCAGAGUUUCUCCAUGGUGCCCUCAGACCACACUUGGACCUCUUUAACUGUCGGUUCAGCCCUGAUCAGCUGGGGCUUACAUGCGGGGAUUAGCAUAACUGAAAGAUGAUCUAAUGACCCGAGGUGGGCAUGGGGGGCUGCUCUGAAUGCAUCUUUGAUGUUAGAGUAAAUC